AUGGAGUCCAUCUUGCGAUCCUUAACGGGCCAAGACCCAAAUCCCGACGACUACAGAAACAUCGACUUCUGGUCAGACCCAGAACGGUCCGGUUGGCUAACCAAGCAAGGAGACUACAUAAAAACCUGGCGACGCCGCUGGUUCGUUCUCAAACAGGGGAAACUUCUCUGGUUCAAGGAGAGAAGCGUGACGCGAGGGUCAAUUCCACGGGGGGUGAUCCCAGUGGGCAAGUGCUUGACCGUGAAAGGUGCAGAAGAUGUGCUUAACAAACCUUAUGCGUUUGAGCUUUCGACGAGCCAAGAAACAAUGUAUUUUAUAGCAGAUUCGGAGAAAGAGAAAGAGGAGUGGAUCAAUUCUAUUGGGAGGUCAAUUGUUCAACACUCACGGUCUGUUACUGAUUCUGAGGUUGUUGAUUAUGACAGCACUCGCUGA